UUAAUACCGGCAUCUUCGUUUACAGUAGAACAUACGUAUCCGCGACUCCAGCACUACACGACUAGGGAGAUAAACUGUUGCCUUGUAAUUUACUUUAAGACCUUCCAAAACAAUACCUUAAAGUUCCUCCUUUACAAGUGUAAACAUAACAGAGUAAACGAGGCAACGUGGAGAUGCUGUUGACAGUUCGUUUGCAACUAAGGGUGAAACCGUUGUUUGCGCUCUUAAUUGCUUUCAUAUUCAUCCCGGUUCAAAUAGAAGCUGGAACUUGUGACCCCAGGUUUUUCCAGUGCGGCAAUGGGAAAUGUAUCACCAUGAGAUGGGUGUGUGAUGACACAGAUGACUGUGGGGAUGGUACAGAUGAGCUUCCUGCUUCAUGCCUGGCCAGGACAUGCAGGCCCAACCAGUUCAGCUGUGGUGGGCGUCUCAACCAGUGUAUCCCCAACAGCUGGCGUUGCGAUGGCCAAUCUGACUGUCAGAACAGCACAGACGAAGAGGGCUGUGCUCCCGCGCCAUGCACAGCCAAUGAGUUCCGUUGCGGCAAUGGCCGGUGUGUGUCGGCGUCAUUCGUUUGCGACGAAGAGUCAGACUGCGGUGACGGCAGCGAUGAAGCCUCCUGUCCAGCCACCACCUGUGGCCCCUACUCCUUCCAGUGUAACAACACGGUAUGCAUACCACGCCUGUGGGCGUGCGAUGGUGACGUGGACUGCGCCGACGGCUCGGACGAGUGGCCGGUGAACUGCGGCCACCGUCCCAGUCAGGUCACCACCAAGCCCUGCUCCCCCCUGGAGUUCCACUGCGGCAGUGGGGAAUGCAUCCACAACAGUUGGAAAUGCGACGGUGGUGCCGACUGUCUGGACCGUUCGGAUGAGAAAGACUGUCCGAAGCCCACAUGUAGGCCUGACGAGUUUCAGUGCGGGGACGGCUCCUGUAUCCAUGGUAGUCGGCAGUGUAAUCACGUGUACGACUGCAAGGACAUGAGUGACGAGCUGGGCUGUGUUAACGCCACCCAUUGCGAUCCACCCUCAAGGUUUAAAUGCCGUAGUGGGGAAUGCAUCAGUAUGGAGAAAGUGUGCAAUAAGCAACGUGACUGCAGAGACUGGUCCGAUGAGCCCCUCCGUGAGUGUGAUUCCAAUGAAUGCUUGUACAACAAUGGAGGCUGCUCCCACAUCUGUAACGAUCUGAAAAUCGGCUAUGAAUGUUUGUGCCCGAUCGGUUUCCGCUUAGUGGACAAGAAACGUUGUGAAGACAUCAAUGAGUGUGAAAACCCAGAUAUCUGCAGCCAGAUCUGUGUGAACCAAGUGGGCAGCUACAAAUGUGAGUGUGAAGAAGGCUACCAGAUGGACCCUGCUACCAAGUCCUGUAAAGCCAUUGGGACCAUUGCCUACCUGUUUUUCACCAACCGUCAUGAGGUGAGGAAGAUGACGCUAGACCGCAGCGAGUACACCCGUGUCAUCCCUCGUCUGAAGAACGUGGUGGCGCUGGACAUGAACAUCGCUAGCAAGGAGAUCUACUGGUCAGACCUGACCCACAAGAAGAUCUACAGAGCCCCUAUGGACACGGCCGCAGACUUCUCCAAGCACAGAGUUGUGAUCGACAGCGGUGUGGAUGCACCCGAGGGCAUUGCGGUGGACUGGAUCCACGGCAACAUCUACUGGACGGACAGCUUGCGUGGCACUAUCUCGGUGGCAACAGCGGAUGGAAGCCGUCGAAAGACACUCUUCAGAGAGGACCUGGCCAAGCCCCGAGCUAUCGUAGUGGACCCAAUUAAGAACUUCAUGUACUGGACUGACUGGGGCACACCAGCCAAGAUUGAACGCGGAGGUCUUAACGGAGUGGACCGCAGUGCUCUGGUGACUGAUGACAUCGUGUGGCCCAAUGGAAUAACCCUUGACCUGUUGAACCAGCGGUUGUACUGGGUGGACUCAAAGUUGCACACCCUGUCCAGUAUUGAUGUUCAGGGAGGCAGUCGUCGGACACUCAUCAUAGACCAGGGCAGACUGGCCCACCCUUUGGGUCUCACUGUCUUUGAGGAGAGAGUGUUCUGGACGGAUGUAAGCAACAAUGCCAUCCUGAGUGCCAACCGUGUGACAGGAGGUGACAUUACUCCAGUGGCUGAACAUCUGGCCUCCCCUGAGGACAUUGUAUUAUUCCACAACCUCAAACAGCCACCUGGUAUGAACUGGUGCAAGAUAAGCAACGGUGGAUGUGAGUUCCUGUGUCUGGCUGCUCCCCAGGUCAGCAAAUAUUCACCCAAGUAUACCUGUGCCUGCCCUGACGGCAUGGUUUUGGCCAAAGAUAUGAGGAAAUGUGUGCCAGCACCACCCACUGCCCCUCCUGUCGUGCCUGAACCUGCUGCUACCGCUCGACCUCCUGCUCAAGCAACCACUAAACCAAAACCUGCUGUCACGGCCUCCACCAAAGCUCCACCUGCUGCCAUCACCACCACAACCGCUAUGCCUUUGCCACGUAGCCAACCCACCCAGCCAGGCAAGACAAAGAUCACUCCGAGCACCACCCAGCCUCCGGCCACUUCCCAGAGAGACAACCCCGAUAGCUUUGCCGCUGCAAACCCUGGAACAGCCCCAUCAACUCCACUAGCUCUCUACAUCGUAUUACCCCUGGUGGCCCUGUGUUUGGUUGCAUUUGGAGCUGCAUUGCUGUGGAGAAAAUGGAGACUAAAAAACACCAACACAAUUCACUUCGACAACCCUGUUUACCAAAAGACCACUGAAGACCAGGUGCACAUAUGUAGGAACAGCCCAGAUGGGUACAUCUACCCUGCGCGACAGAUUGUUAGCCUUGACGAUGAGUUGCCCUGAGCUCCACACUUGAAUUUGCUGCUAACAGAGACAUUGUGUCAUGUACGGAUGAGAGCCAUAAUUUAUGCUACGAACUUGAAGAUCCGAUUUGUUUUUCCUCACGGCUGCAACAAAAACAACGUUCCAAAGAUGGGCUUCGUCAACACCAACCCACUUUAUUCUCUGAGACAAAAGACGCUUCUUGAGGAAAGAGUCGAACAGUGUGUCCGUCCGCAACUCUGAAUGUGAGUCACGCAAAGACAAAGAACAAAAGAAACCUCAGACAACGUGAACCUCUCGACCAUAAAGGCUGCUUGGUACUUCUCAGAAUUUCAUCGUUUUAGUCUUUUAGUCCUAAAUAAAACUUUAACUAUUUUGGCACCAUGGUUACAGCAACUCAAUACAAAAUGGCCAAGGCAAUGGCAACAUUAAAAAAAGGAAAAAAAAAGGCAGAACCACGUGUUUGUGAGAGUGUCAGGUGUUUGAAACAAUACACACAACAUGUGCCUGCAAAACUCUGAACGUCCCUUGAUAUACAAGAGCAAUUUUGUUUUUGUUACAGUGUUCCCUGAGAUGUUUUAAAUAGAGUAAUGAUAUACCAGAGGGUAGGAAUUGUAGGAAAUUGUGUGAGUACCACUCCUUACAUGCAGCUAAUCCUCUUUUAAGGGACUGAACAAUAGUUUCAGGACAUAGACCUUACCAGUGGUCAGCGAUUUCUGUUUAACAGCAGACAGAAACUGUUCAAAGUGCCUAACCUAUAAAGUGUUACCCAAUGGGACCGGAGGGUAUUACAAGAAGUUCUAGUCGAAUGUUUAUACAUAUGUACCCAUACUUUGAUGGUUUACACUUUUGAGUGAGAAAAUUUCACUCCCCCUCCCCCCACAAUAAUAUUACACCUAGUGUUUCACCUAAUGUGCCAAGGUUUUGAUUAAAGUACCCACACUGUAAAGAUGUCCCUAAGUACUUCAGUAACACAAAGUAUAGUUAAGUAUUUGUAUGUAAUGUCAUCACUUGAUAAUGUCACAUAUUCAGUGUGCCUUUACAGGAAGUACUGUUGCCUCGGAAACCCUAAUUGUUUUGUUUGUAAUUGUUUUGGGGGUUUUUUCUGGUUUUUUUGUUUUGUUUUGUUUUGUUUUGUUUGGGGUUUUUUUUGUCAAAAAGAAUGAGGUUCAAAGUAACAGCUCUCCUGUGUGCUAGCUAACAUACUCAGGUGUUUCUGUGGAUUUAAACCAUGGUCCCUGCUUUUUUUGGCUCCUUCUGCUUUUCUGAUUUAGCUCAGUGAUAAAGAGAUCUGUGUGUUUAAGACAAGAGCAAAGAGUGAAAAUAUUACAAGCUUCAGUUGGACGGAGGACAACAGGAGGGGGAGGAAAGGGGAUUGUUCCAGAAACCUGUUUUGAUUGGAUGUCCUUUGGAUCCAUAGGGAAAGGGCAUUUCUGGGGAAAAAGGUUUAUGUUUGUUUGCCGUCACUGAGAAUUUUGUUCGAGUGACGUGGAAAAACUGAUUAGCUGAACAGAUCAGGUGCAAAAGGAACUCAUCAUGUCCACCUAACGGUAGUUAAAGAUAUCAUUAUGAAUAUGUAAAUACUUUAUUUGUAAAUGUAAAUAUAUUUUUUUGUUCAUUUGGGCACCAGUUUCCCUAGCUUGUACAUUUUCAAAGGUCUGUACAUAAACUAAUACCUUUAUUUAUUGUAGAAUCCACACGAAUUGAUCGACAGUUGAUAUCAUAUCCUGUUGUGUUUGUUUGAUAUGAUCAGAUUUGUAAUGUAGUUAUACACAAACCACUUAACACUUUCUGUGGAAUAGUAUUCAACAAUUGUUUUGAAUGUGAACACAAAUAAAAUCAAUCCUUUGAAUACUUUUUAAUUGGG